AUGAAAGACGGAGUGAUAGACAAUGAGGAAAUGACUAUUGAUGAUGAUGAUGAUGAUGGAGGAGGGGGAAAAGGAAAAGUGGUCGAUAAUCCCAAAGUCAUCACACAGAUUGUCAUGAUGCCCACCCCGACUCAUAGAACGUUAAUGGCAGACGACGAGGACGAUGACGACAAUGACGAUGAAGACAACGAGAGGAGUAAUUUUGUCAUUAUGAAGUCGUCAGGUCCUCCUCAGCCAACCAGGACAUGGUCAGUCGAGGGCCCUAAACUUCACAUACCCCAACCACCACAACGUCUCAUCCAGCCUCCCAAACCCCAAGUACAGACCCACAGGCCUCAUCUGUCCCAACUGCGAAAACAUCAGCAGCUUGGUGGUCAAUACCAGAAAGCAAAUCCAAAAACCUAUUCACAACCAAUAAAGGACAAUAUAGUUAACCCUAGUCAUACCGGAAUUGCAAGAGGAGUACGGGGGGCUGCCCUUAUGGGUCCUAAUGAGGUCCCUAUCAAGUGUGGACGUGGGAGGGGCAUCACACUGAAUAUGUUAAUGAAGGAUGGAGUCAUUGAACCAGGGGGAGGUUGCUUGUCUUUGGAAUACUUGGGAAAGAAAUUUUCUGCUGAUCUUCUUCCAAAUGGUAAAAUUCGGUGGCAAGAAAAUAAUGAAAUUUUCAACUCACCAAGUGCCUGGGCAAGUCACUGCAAGAAAUUGGUCAAUCCUUCCAAGAAAUCUGGUUGUGGUUGGGCAUCUAUCAAAUACAAAGGCAGGAAAUUGGUUUCCUGGAAGUCUAUGUGGUGCCGGAAGCAGCGGCAAAAUGGUAACCCAUCAUCAAAGUUGGUGCCUCCUUUGGAUGAUUCCUUGGAUAUCAUGAAAUCAAAUCGAAAACUUAAAGACAUGUUUCCUAAAGUGCCUGACUAUGAGAUUGGCCAUUGUCCUUCAUUAAAGCCACCACUUCCAGCCCACAUCAACCAGUGCCAUAAACCAGUGACCAAUGGAAAAAAUAAAAAGCGUCAACAUGCAGAUUGGAGUCCCAGUGAAUUUCAAGAAGAAGCUCUAAAUCUUUCUUUAAAAGGGAGUCAUGAGAACACGGCAAAACCCAGGCAGUCACCCCAACAACUGCAACAGCAAAGCAUUGACCCCACGCACCCAAGGUUCCCUCUGGUCAAACAUUCCAAUUUACUGAACAGAAACGCUGACCAGGAUCCGAAUACAUUAGUCCAGUGUGAAACAUUUGAAUCCUAUGGAAAGUUCCAGCCAUUUACUGUUUCAGUCACAACUAAUUCCAUGUUUCUUAUUGAUUUUCAUUGUCAUUUGACAAACAGUGAAGUGUUGGGAUAUUUGGCUGGCAGAUGGGACCAAAACACACAGCAUUUGAACAUUCUGCAAGCCUUUCCCUGCCUGAGUCGGUUGGGAGAUAAGGAAAAUGCCCCAUUGAUAGAAGCAGAGAUACGACAUCGAAUGAAUAAAUCAGGGUUAUCAUUGGUUGGAUGGUAUCACAGCCACCCACACCGUCCAGCCAGUCCCACUAUACGUGACAUUGACUGUCAGAUGACCUACCAGCUGAAAAUGAAGGGUAUAGGAUCUACGUACCACCCAUGCCUGGGUUUUAUUAUCGCACCCUAUGAUAAAACUUCAAAAAAGAAGGAGUCCACAUUUCAAGCCUUCUGGGUAAUGCCACCUCCUAUGGAGCAGCCCUCAGAUUAUGGGAUUCCGAUGGAGGUACAGUUUUCCAUCUAUCAGAAUCCAUCGUUAACAGAAGAACUGCUGACAGAAAUGAAAAAUUUGGUUGAUUUCUACAAGGGUUCACCAGAUGUUGUCCGUUUUGCCAAUAUCUGGCAUCAAUCAGUCACUUACCUCGAUAAAGUGAAGUGGUCACUUCUCACCAAACUGCCACAGGACCAGGAUGAGAACAGUUCAACUUUAGAAUUUGUGCGUUCCUUGCUCCUUAGUAUGCGUGUGUGA